AAACACCGCUCCCGGAGAUGGGUUCUCAUUUCCAAGCGGCACCAUGGAGAAGCUCCGCGUGUUCCUGCCCCUGCUGUGCCUUUUUGCUUCUGCUUACGGCGACUCGGAUUGUCCCCAACUUCACGGGACGCCCUCUGAUUUGACGCAGGUGGACGGACUGUGGAACAUUAAGGUGAUUUCAACCUUCAAGGAGUUAGAGCGUCUGGAAGACAUUCAUUAUAUGUUUUCACGUAUAUCUGUAACAGACACCGAAGCGAACCUAACGUGUUACAGCAACCCGAUCUACGAGUUCCAGCUGGAAGCCUACAGAGCUCUUCGAAAAGCUGAGGACACGAAGGCUUUGUCCUAUAUUCAGAAAUCUACGGAUGGAGAUAUUUAUACCACAACGUUUAUCCAACCCAAUCGAGAGAGUUUGAUUACAGUCCAUCUGGAAAACAACGAUGUAAAGGUGGCGGUUUUGUACAGCAAAGUAUUAUCGGCUCCAGAUUCUUUAAUCGAGAAUUUCAAAAAGUGGAGCAAAUGUCACAAGCUGGACCACAUUAAAGAGUUUGAAAUAAGCGUCAAUUAUGCACAGAGCUGUCAUGGCCUCCUCGAACCAGUGGAGCAUCAUGAAGAUAUUGAGCACAGCGUCUCGCUGGGACUCGUCGCUAAAUCUUCUAGCUCGGUCGAUGUCCAUUAUCUCAGAAGGAUACUCUAUACGGGAAGGCUGGAAAUCAGCAGAGAAGGAGACAAUUACACCGUGAAAGAGAUCCUCACCGCGCCGGUGGAUACCCUUCUGUUUGAGCACACGUUCAGAAAGGGACACCAUGAAGACAAGUUUAAGUUAAUAACGUUUAAGACGGAGAAAGGCCUGCUGCUGCUGGGAGUCAAAACGGAGACGGCUCAAACAUUAUACCUGGCGUCGAAGUCAUCUAAAGCUAAAGAAUCCGUGUUGGAAAAGUUUGAGAAGCAGGCCCGGUGCUUUGAAACAAAUCACAUCUACUUUAUUCCGGGGAGUAAGAUACACGAUUACGAACAUGAGGCUUGCUCUGAGAUCCUAAAACAGAUGUCCCCUCUUAACAUCAAAGAGUCCCAAGGUAAAUGGACUCUGACGGCUUCGGCGUAUGAGAAGAUUGAUUCUGCGCUCUCGGAUAUUUCGGUCACUCACGGCUGGAUGGAAAUAGUUCUGGAGGAUGAUGUUCCUCACAUGUCCUAUGCGUCAAUAUAUUAUGGCUCGUUGUUGAGAAUGGGAAGUGAAAGCAUUGAAGUGGAAGAGGCCGGGGGUUUCGUGACAUUUAAAGAGAAAAGCACAAAGAUUAAGUCGGUCAUGUACCGGAUGAGCCCCAACUGCAUCAUGUUCACAACGCACCUCCCGAAGCACCCGGAGGGAAUGGUCUUCCUGUUUUGCCAUUCCCCGCAGGUUUCCCAUGGAGAUAUUAAAAAGUUUGCCAGCUACGCGACCUGUAUGGAGUACGGCAGCAUCGUCAUACGGAGGCAUUCCACAAUGUCUUGCUUAGACGUACCGCAUGAAAUUCAGCACCUGGACGUGGAAAAGAUAGGGGGAAAGUGGACCGUCCACGCUGUGGCCUCUGAUCUGAACCUGGAGGGGAGAGAGGUAGACCCCGAGAUCCACGUUUCCGCUCGCGGGGAGGAGGUCUUCUUCCAAGCCCGGUCAAGGAACAUUACCGCUUCGCUAGUGGAGAACAGAAAACUUCACUUCACGGAAGGUGACCGCAAAUUUGAAAUGAGACUCUAUCAGCCCUCCGAGAAUACAUUAAUAAUGUGGAGCGGAGACACCGAGCAGCGGCUGGUCUCUCUAGGGCUACUAUGGGGGCAGCUGUCCCGGGAGCUUCAGGUUUAG